AUCGCCAUAGUUUGCCUCUCUCAGUUCAUCCCGCCACUUCCCGUAUCCAGGGAGGCGUAGCGGACGGAAGAAACCCAUCCCCCAAAUAUGUACAUUGGCCCCACCGGGCUACCUGGUAACGCCCAGAAAAAUCUACGCCCAAGACAUGCCCUACUAUUUCCGUCCACCACAUGGCUCACACCUCACGAGACCAUAUCUCGGUAAUGGAAAUCCCCCCCCGGCCGACCCCUUGGAAAGGAGCACGAGAAUCUGGGAAAUUCUAGACUCGAUCCUCCCUCCCCCGGGCAAAUCGCUCCUCGGCCCCUGUCCCGUUCCCCGUCCCCCCAGUUUCCCCCCUUCCCGUCUCGCUAUUGCAGUCCAUAGUCCGGCGCUGUCACGAAAUGCCAAUUCCUCCCACAUGACCUCCCGCUUCACCUUCACCCCCCUCGUGAGCCCAAAUGUUCAAGUACACGCCCUCGUUUCCCAUCUCCCGUCUCCCGGGAAUCCACCCCCGUGUGAAAGCCGUCAUCCAGUCCCGUCCGCCCAAACAGGGUCGCGCCACGAUAAUGCAGGGCCAGAAACAGACACCCUUCGGUACCCAUUCCCCGAAGACAAACGUCGACCCGAAACCACCGUGACGUACUGCGCCUCCGCACGCCGUGACAGGGCAUAUCAACAACCAGCGAGGCAUCCCGACUUCACCCGGGCCUGUCCGUUCGUCGUUCAAGGCUCCGUCUCGUUUACGUUUUGGUGA